CUGAGGAAGGCGAAGUCGCCGAAACGUCAGCCAUCGAUCAAUAACAUCAAAAACAACGACAACGACAACGAAGAUCUGUACCAACCUCUAGUUCGAAUAUUUCUAAUAAUUCCACUUUUAGGAUGGGUGGAGUAUACGAGGGAUUAUUGUCUGAUUGAAAACACUUACUAUGUGCCAAUGAAUGAUCCAAAUCUACCACACAUUACGCACAGAGAACAGCAAGAGUUGCCGUAUUACCAAUGGGUACAAUUCGUUCUUGUGUUGUUAGCAUUCUGCUUCUAUCUACCGCAUAUAUAUUGGCGAUCUAUUAACUGGUGGUCAGGCAUUCAAUUAAGGGCCAUUGUGAAAGCCUGUUGUGAACUUCCCAAGGAGAAUGUCAUGAAACGAGAAGCAGCAAUUGAAAAGAUUGCCAGUCAUGUGUAUCGAACUACUCAACUUAAAAACUUUUCACCUUUUUGUUUAGUAGUGAAACGAGGCUGGUUAUCAAACAACUAUAUCAUCAUGAAGCUCAUGUUCAUCGUCAAUAUCGCCUUACAGAUUGUUAUCUUGCAUAUUUUUCUUGGAUUCAACUGGGGCGACCUUUUCAACUUGAAACUCGGAUUCAAUACUGAUUGGAAGUCGACCGGUUUGUUUCCAAGGUCAACGAUGUGUGAUUUUGAGGUGCGGAACAAAGGAAACCUUCAGCGAUAUUCAGUCCAGUGUGUACUAUCAUUGAAUAUGUUCAAUGAGAAAAUUUUUCUCGUUCUUCUUUACUGGCUGAUUUUCCUCUUCAUCAAAUUCGACAAAUUCGAGGAAAGCGUCGACGGUGAUCUCAUUGUGAUUCUCCGAUUGAUCUCUUCUAAUGCUGGCGCUAAUGUCUGCUCUGAUGUGACAAAGAGCCUCUUCGAAAAGGUUAGUCAGAUAUGCACUGAAUCACCUCCAAACGAUGCUUGA